UUUUGAACCGUUUUAUGGUUUUUCUUGAAGAACUUCUGAAAUUUUUAUUUUUCAUCCAUAAUCAAUUGUUGAAUUUUACCCAUUUCUUGAGUUCCAAUCGAAAUCGCAGUAAACGGUUGAACUCGAAAGGGAAAAAGAUUCUGUGUUGUUGUUUUCUAAACUUUUCGAUAAUGUUUUGUAAAUUUAAGAGCUAAAAUAUUCGGGCUUUACUAUUUUCCUUCUUUUAUAUCUGAUUCCGAACAAGUUCAAAAUCGAGGAAUUGAGGAGUAAGUCUGAGAAGCCUUCAGAUCCGGCGGAGCAAAUGUAAUACCGGUAUGGAAUAAAAUUAAUGCUGAUAUCAUAACCUCUAAUAUCCGUUUCAAACAUCUAGGUCAAACAUUCUCAUUCAAAUCGCAAUACAAACCGUGUGGUAACAGGAAAUAAUCCCCGAGAACAAAAUAAACACUGGCUGCUAAAACAUUGGUUCGCCCAGCAGUGGAAAAAAGCUGCUCCGCAAGGCUCAUCAAAAACGUUGGGAACUUUUCAAUGUUUGGUCUACACCUACAGCCCAGCAGGAGUCAAAUCGAGGAGGGAUCUAUCUACAGGGUUCCGAUCAAUAUACCGAUGGCAACGGAGAGCACCACAAACGAAAAUUAGACUGUCGGAUCCUUGACAUUAUGCGCUUAGAGGUGUAUUACAGGAAAUUUGUGCAAGUGCUUAGAUAAUCCGUCUCGAUAAAGCUGAUAGGCGUCAGCUUUAUUAAACUUGGAUCUUUUCCAUGAAUCGGCAGUAACGUAGCAUAAUACAUUGGGAAGAGCUGUUCCAGAAAAUUUACAACGUAGAGGCGAGUACGAAGCGAGCUUUGAUGGGUUGCCGGUUUCCGGAUCGGCCUGCAUGGUGCACAGGAAGUCUGAAUUUCUGUAGUGAAAAUCACCGAUGCACAUUUUCGUCGAAACUUUUCCUAGUAGGGAUCUCAGAGCGAGCCGGAUACGAAAGACUCCAUUCGACUGGAUCUUAAUUUUGGAUCUUAAUCAUGUAUUACAGGAAUAAAUAAUGUUUCUUAUACUAAUACGUAAUACUACGAAGUAACUAAUAAAUUUGGUAACUCAGAUUUUGCGUUUAGAUUCAAAUUUAAUUGAAAAACUUUUGUUAGCCUCCUUAAAGAUUGAAUCUGGUUCCCUUUUUUUCUGAAAAAAAGGUUGUUUUUCAACCAUUAUUGUCUGCGAGAGCAUGUUUGAAAAAUAACCAUAAUGCAAGUUCUCCGUUAAAUCCCAUUUUAUGAGUUUUCAGUGAAAACUCAUAAAACGACUUGAUCCACAAAACUGCCAUUAUGGUUAUUAUUCAAACAUUAAUGGUUCAACAUGGCCGAGCGUGUAUGUGAAUCGCUUAAACCUGACAUAGGCCGAUGACAUAGUAAGAGCGAUGCGAUGCGAAUUGGCGAACGCGGCCAAUGCGAACUCGAGUGGCGGAACAAAUUGACAUCUGCUUCGCCGCGUUGAGUCAGGUCAGGUUUAAGCGAUUCACAUACAUUUUCAUCAAAUGUGGUUCGCCGCAUUGAAUCGCAUUCGCCGUUUCGCAUCGCAUCGCACUCACUAUGUCAUCGGCCAUACUCAAUGCGGUGAAGGAGAUGUCAAUUUGUUCCGCCGCUCGAGUUCGCAUAGGCUGCGUCUGUAAAUUUUCCGCCAAUUCGCAUCGCAUCGCACUCACUGGGAGACUUGACUCAGCGAUUUUAAACCGAAUAAACGUGUGUUGCCAAUUUUAGUAGGAUUAAGCUGUGAUUGUGCUAUUUAUUUUAAAAUUAACCUAUUUUGAUCCGUACUACCAACUUGUUCGUCUUUAAUUUAUUACCGUGCUGUUAAAAUAUAGUGUGUAUUGAGUGGAAUGAGCAUAAACUAAGCUGCCCCCGAGGGGGCAGCGGCUACAAAUAAAAAUGAUAACCUCAAACCAGUUCAUACUCCGGACGACCAAGAGAUGGUAGAUAUCAUUAAAAACAUGAAUGAUCAACAUAAUCAACCCAAUCAAGUAAGUCAAAACGAACCAGAAAUAGAACCGAUGAGAAAAAUAUACCAGAAAUUCAAUUACUGCGAAACAGAUAGUAGACCAUACAGAGUCAUUGUAGAGAACACAGACCUAAAAAGAAGAAAAUAUAUAAAUAGGCUUCAAAUUGGAAUUCUAUUGAAUCAAUUAGGCUUCGACAAAUGUAUCGAUGACAUAAAAAAGACCGGACGUAAUAAAGCUACCGUUUAUGUUGGGAACAUGAAGGAUGCCAACAGAUUAGCUGACUGUCAGAGUUUACUCAUAAAAGGAUACAAAUCGUACAUCCCCAAAAAGUUUGUUACUGUAACGGGAGUUAUUUCCGAUAUUCCUUUAGAACUGAAUCCGAAUGAAAUUUUUGAAAAUGUGAUUUGUGAUGUCAAAGUGGAAUCAGUGUUUAGAAUGACAAGGAGAUAUAACGAGGAAAGGAUCCCAACCAACCGAGUAGGUAUCGUGUUCAGAAGUAAUAUGUUGCCAAGGUAUGUAAGAUUGUUUUCUGUGAUAAAUCGAGUCGAACCAUUCAUACCACGUCCUAUUAUAUGUUUUAAGUGUCUUAGGUACAACCAUCUAUCCAAAAACUGCCAAAGUUCCGUACUUAGAUGUAAUAACUGCACUGACGAAGCGAAUGAUGGACACGAGCCAUGUCCAAAGAUAUCAUAUUGCUUUCACUGUAAAAAAGAGGGCCACAUUACCACGGACCGGUCCUGUCCCCAGCGCAAGAAGGAAUCGGAAACACUAGCGAUUAUGGCGAGACGAAAUGUGACGUACCAAGAGGCGAGAGAGUUAUUAAACAUUCCAACUAUCAAUCAAUUUGAUGCACUUAGAAACGUAGAAGGCCGAUGACAUAGGCCGAUGACAUAGUGAAUACGAUGCGAUGCGAUGCGGUGAAUGCGGUUCAAUGCGGUGAACCACAUUUGAUGAAAAUGUAUGUGAAUCGCUUAAACCUGACAUACUCAACGCGGCGAAGCAGAUGUCAAUUUGUUCCGCCGCUUGAGUUCGCGUAGGCUGCGUCCGUAAUUUUUCCGCUAAUUCGCAUCGCAUCGCACUCACUAUGUCAUCGGCCAUAGUGAAUACGAUGCGAUGCGAUGCGGUGAAUGCGAUUCAAUGCGGUGAACCACAUUUGAUGAAAAUGUAUGGGAAUCGCUUAAACCUGACAUACUCAACGCGGCGAAGCAGAUGUCAAUUUGUUCCGCCGCUCGAGUUCGCGUAGGCUGCGUCCGUAAAUUUUCCGCCAAUUCGCAUCGCAUCGCACUCACUAUCCCGCUUAAUAAUUAUUCUACUAGGGCUACUAGAAUUCUAGUAGCAAUUCUAGUAGAAUUCUACUAGAACUUCUGCAGCCAGCCAAGUCGAAAAUGGCCCAGCCGAUUCUACUUGGGAUGAAUUUU